UCCAACAGUUUCAGUAGAGGAUAAAUACAGGGAGAAUUCUCCAAGCACCCUCUGCCAUGUGUGGAUUUCCUGUUUCCAUUUAUGAAGUGUGGAUUGCACCGUCUCAAAUAAAUGCAAUAUAAAACAUAUAUGUUUAUAUAUAUAAUCUCAUUGCCUACCCAACUGCACAGCUCUCCCUUUGCAUUAACUAUAGAUCAUCUUAAUUAGCACUCUUUUCAUUGUUCUUGCUGUGUGUUUCAGCUUCUGGGUUUUUCACUGUUGAAAAUUAUUAGCUUUAGGCAAUCAUGAAUGCUCUUGCUGCAACUAACCGUAACUUUCAACUCGCAGCAAGGAUACUUGGGUUGGACUCUAAGCUUCAUAAAAGCCUUUUGAUACCCUUCAGAGAAAUCAAAGUAGAAUGCACAGUUCCAAGAGAUGAUGGUUCUUUUGUCUCUUAUAUUGGGUUUAGAAUCCAACAUGACAAUGCUCGUGGACCUAUGAAAGGCGGAAUUCGUUACCACCCUGAGGUUGAUCCUGAUGAGGUGAACGCACUUGCUCAGUUAAUGACUUGGAAGACAGCUGUAGCAAAUCUUCCAUAUGGUGGAGCGAAGGGUGGAAUUGGUUGUAAUCCUAGAGAGUUAACUGUAAGCGAACUAGAACGAGUUACGCGCGUUUUCACCCAGAAGAUCCAUGAUCUUAUUGGAAUUCAUAGAGAUGUUCCUGCACCUGACAUGGGAACUAAUUCACAGACAAUGGCAUGGAUUCUUGAUGAAUAUUCAAAAUUUCAUGGUUAUUCACCUGCUGUUGUUACUGGAAAACCGAUUGAGCUUGGGGGUUCACUAGGAAGAGAAGCUGCAACUGGACUGGGAGUUGUUUUUGCAACUGAGUUUCUUCUUGAUGAAUAUGGAAUGUCUAUUGCUAAUAUGAAGUUUGCUAUCCAGGGAUUUGGUAAUGUGGGAUCUUGGGCAGCAUCAUUUAUUCAUCAAAAAGGUGGGAAGGUUGUUGCAGUUAGUGACAUAACUGGUGCAGUAAAAAACCCAAACGGAAUCAAUAUCCCAGCUUUACUGAAACACAAAGAGAAAGCUUAUAGUUUGAAGGAUUUUGAAGGCGGAGAUGCCAUGAAUCUAAAUGACGUGCUUGUUCAUGAAUGUGAUGUUCUGAUUCCCUGUGCAUUAGGUGGAGUUCUUAACAAGGAAAAUGCUGCUGAUGUUAAGGCAAAGUUCAUCAUAGAAGCUGCAAAUCAUCCUACUGAUCCAGAAGCAGAUGAAAUUUUAUCCAGGAAAGGAGUGAUUAUACUCCCAGACAUAUAUGCAAAUUCUGGUGGUGUGACUGUAAGUUACUUUGAAUGGGUUCAGAACAUUCAAGGAUUUAUGUGGGAAGAAGAAAAGGUCAACUAUGAGCUUAAGAGGUACAUGAAGAGAGCUUUCAGUGACAUCAAAGCAAUGUGCCAUACUCAUAACUGCAACCUUAGAAUGGGAGCCUUCGCCCUAGGAGUCAACAAGGUCGCUCGUGCUACGGUUUUGAGGGGUUGGGAAGCAUGAUAACCAAUCCUUCUUCUGUUCACUGUAAUAUAUUUCUUUUGUAAAUACCUGCAGGCUUUAUUUCGUACCUUGUUUCAAUGGAGUGUUAGUGACUUUUAACCUCAUAUUGAGCCUCCUACACAAAUUGAAGAGUCUUGGCCAAGAGUUGGGAAAGUAAAUAAAGCAAAGGGUCUAAUAUUACCAUGUCAUUCACAUGUUAAAAACAUCAACUGGAAUUUUCAUAUAUUAAGCAUUGCAUUGAUACUUAAAAUAAUGCUCAUAACAGUUAAAGAUUACAACUUAAUAACCUAUUCAAAUUCCGAUUCUUGCUUACUCACAAAUAGGGGAAAACUACAACUACAGGAUUGUUAAAAAGGCAAAGAAUUCCAAUUGAACUAGUUACUAUUGGAACCAUUGUUGUCAUCCUGCCAUGUCGCUUGCCAUUGCUUGUCAUAAAAGGUCGUCUCUUCAAUCAGUUUCUUGAUGUUAUCUAAAUCCUCAUUC